AUGUAUGUAUAUAUAUAUGCUCAGAAGAGAGCAAUAAACAAAGGAAUAUGGUACGUAAUGACUCUCCCGCUCUUUGGCCUCUCCGUAUCACUCAAUCUUCUCUGGCCACCGGGAGAGUCAAAGUCUCGGUUCCUCAGGGACGGUGCGGUUAGUGCCACAACAUUCUAUGCAGUCACGCUGCUCAGAUGUCUCUUCUUCACUGAUCCUCCCUCUCCCUGCUACAAGGAGUUUACCACAUCGAAGGAGAGGUAUCUUCAGGGUCGGUUCUCGAUUAUUGCCUUACAUGCAGUCAUCGUUUUGCCUCUUAUAUAUAUAAUGUUGAUGAAACGGGUUGUGUUAUCCGCGUCCUUAUUCACCAUCUCGUUGUUCACUGGAGGGAUAGGGCUUAUCCAGCUCUCGGAUAAUAAGCUUAGGAUGGAGAUGAGACGUGGUUUCCUCACGCUCUUCCUCGGAUGGUUGUUUUGUCUAGUUGGCAUCUAUAUGCUUUGUUCAUACGACAUACACAGUACUCAGGAGGGGCGGUCAUUUGAAAUUGCUAUAGUUUGGUCAGUGGAUGAUUAUGUGUUGUUUCAUUUUUUAUUGGGAGGAGGGCGACAAGGUGGACUUGGGCACUUGCUCUGCCGCUUCUGUUCUUGUCUGAUAAGCUUAUGA